AUGGCGAUAGAGACCUUUCGAUUCGAUGGCCAAACCGUGGUCGUCACCGGUGCUGGUGGGGGACUUGGGAGAGCAUACGCACUAUUCUUCGCUGCCAGGGGAGCAAAUGUCGUGGUUAACGAUAUGGGCGGCUCAGUGGAUGGUAAAGGGAGAGCUGCCAAGGUUGCCAGUCGAGUUCGGGAUGAAAUAGAGGCAGCGGGUGGAAAGGCUGUCGCGAACUACGACAGCGUGGAAGACGGGGAGAAAAUUAUACAGACAGCUAUUGACACUUUCGGACACAUCGACAUCCUCAUCAAUAAUGCCGGCAUCCUGCGCGACAAAAGUUUUAAGAAUAUGACGGAUCGAGAUUUUGACUUCGUCUACAAGGUGCAUCUCGCAGGGACAUUCAAGUGCACGAAAGCCGCAUGGCCGUAUUUCGUUAGACAGGGCCACGGACGAAUCAUCAAUACUACCUCUGCUUCCGGUCUGUUUGGUAAUGUUGGCCAAGUCAAUUACGCAUCGGCCAAGCUCGCAAUUGUUGGCCUCACCAAAGCGCUGGCAGUUGAGGGCAAAGGAUCGAAUAUCUUCUGCAAUGCAAUCUGCCCAGUUGUUGCAAGUAGGAUGACGGAGACAGUCAUGUCGCCAGAGGAACUAAUGAACAUAAGGCCGGAGCUCGUCGCUCCAUUUGUGGCUUUUCUCGUCCACCGGUCCACAACCUCGGAGACCGGUUCAAUCUUCGAGAUUGGUGGUGGUCACAUGGGAAAACUACGGUGGCAGCGCACACAAUGCCUGCAGGUCAGUAACAACACUCCCAUCAGCUUGGACGAGCUUCUGUUGAGAUGGAACCGGUUCAACUGCUCCGACCCCUCAAGGCCAUCCAGCGAUGCGGCGUACUCGGUCUCUCCGUCUGUGAACCCUGCCGGCCUUCGGUUUGAUGGAAGAGUUGUGAUAGUGACGGCUGGAUCCACGCCAACCGGACGGCACAUUUGCAAGCAACUUGCGUCCCUUGGUGCUUGUGUCGUCAUCAAUGAUAGCACUGGUACCGGAAGCAUCGUGGCAGAGAUUCAACACGAUGGCGGUAGAGCUAUUGGAUGCCAAAUACCUCCCGGAAAGAGCGACAUCUUGAUCAAGACUGCCCUGCAAACUUUCGGCAAGAUUGACAUCCUGAUAGAUAACGACGAGUAUCCAUUACGGAGACCAUUUGGCGAACUCACCGAGCUCCAAUGGGAAAGCACCGUGCAUGAUCAGCUACGAGGGAACUUUCAGCUGCUCAAAGCAGCUUAUCCUUACAUGACUCGCCAGAAAUACGGAAGGAUAGUCUGCAUUUUCGGGUCGAACGUGUUGGGCGGCAACGUCGGGGCUUCGGAGCAGUGUGCAGCAAAACACGGCAUCCUAGGGAUGGCGAAGACCUUGGCCAUUGAAGGCCGCAAGAACAACAUCCUCGUCAACAGCGUCAGUGUCAACCCUGAAGCAGUGCUAUCUAUGUCGGAAGACUGUUCACAACACAUCUCACCUGCAAAUAUCAGCUCUCUCGUGCUGCUGCUUGCAUCGGACCGACUACCCGAGCCCUCCUCAGGGCUCCUGCUCGAGAUAGACUCUAGGAGCUGUUCAACCGUCGGGUGGCAGCGCACUCGAGGUUAUAGCUACCCUACAGACGGCAACAUCACACCUGAAAUGGUGGCUUCCAAGUGGCAGACGAUCGUGGACUUCGACAACGGCCUUUGCGACCAUCCAAAGACUAGUCAAGAAGGAGUGAAGUACGUGAUGGAAAGUGCAUUCAAGGGGAAACGAGCUUCGACAUCCAAGUUAUAG